AUGAUAUAAUAAAUUAAAUAUUACGACAAUUUAGAAGAAUUUGUAAGCUCUUCACUUUUAUCUCAUUAGGUUCUCCAUAUUGAUCUCAUACAAAAUGUAAUAUAUCCUAAUAACAUAAUAAAUAAAGCUAAAUUAGCUUUAAACAGCUUUAUUUUUGAGUUUUUAGAAAUUCACAAAAUUUAAAAUUAAAUUGGCGACGAAGGCGCAUUAGGCUUAGGUUCUCCUUUAGCGAAGUGCAUUAAUCUCUCAAAUUUGACACUUAACCUUGAUAAUAAUUAAAUUGGUGACUAAGGUGCAUCAGGCUUAGUUUCUGCUUUAGCAAAGUGCAUUAAUCUCUCUAAUUUGACACUUAACCUUCGUGGAAAUGAAAUUGGUGACUAAGGUGCAUUAGGCUUAGGUUCUGCUUUAGCAAAGUGCAUUAAUCUCUCAAAAUUGACACUUAACCUUGAUAAUAAUUAAAUUGGUGACUAAGGUGCAUCAGGCUUAGUUUCUGCUUUAGCAAAGUGCAUUAAUCUCUCAAAUUUGACACUUAAGCUUCAUUACAAUUAAAUUGGUUCAAUGGGUGUAUCAAGCUUAAGUUCUACUUUAGCAAAGUGCAUUAAUCUCUCAAAUUUGACACUUAACCUUCGUCUAAAUGAAAUUGGUGACUAAGAUGCAUCAGGCUUAGGUUCUGCUUUAGCAAAGUGCAUUAAUCUCUCAAAUUUGACACUUAACCUUAGUGGAAAUGAAAUUGGUGACUAAGGUGCAUCAGGCUUAGGUUCUGCUUUAGCAAAGUGCAUUAAUCUCUCAAAUUUGACACUUAACCUUCGUGAAAAUUAAAUUGGUGACUAAGGUGCAUAAGACUUAGGUUCUGCUUUAUCAAAGUGCAUUAAUCUCUCAAAUUUGACACUUAGCCUUCAGUAAAAACAGUUUAUUUGA